AUUAAUUUUAUUUUUGUUUGGGCUUGUGCUAAUAGAUUACUUCCUAUCAGUGGAGAAUGUCAACUCGACGAAUAUUAAAGGCCGUACUAAUAGACCUCAGUGGAACGCUGCACAUUGAAGAUACAGCUGUGUCUGGUGCCCAGGAGGCACUGCAAAAGUUACGCAGUUCUCCUGUAGCUGUGAAGUUUGUGACCAACACCACCAAGGAAUGUAAACGAACUCUGUUUGAACGGCUGCAGAAACUCAGCUUUGAUAUCCACGAGGAUGAGAUUUUCACAUCUUUAACUGCGGCCAGGAACUUUGUUGAGCAGAAACAGGUCAGACCUUUACUAUUGGUAGACAACAGUGCACUUGAAGAUUUUGAAGGAGUGGACACAACUGAUCCCAAUGCUGUGGUUGUUGGAUUAGCUCCUGAACACUUUAACUAUGACACAUUGAACAAGGCAUUCAGAUUAAUUUUGGAUGGUGCCCCUCUAAUUGCCAUACACAAAGCAAGAUACUACAAGAAGGUAGAUGGAUUAUCACUUGGACCAGGACCUUUUAUCACUGGGCUGGAAUAUGCAACAGAUGUCAAGGCCGCAGUAGUAGGAAAACCAGAGAAACCAUUCUUUCUUGAAGCUCUUCGAAGUAUUGGAUGUCAACCAGAAGAGGCAGUUAUGAUUGGUGAUGAUGUGAGGGAUGAUGUCGGUGGAGCACAAAGUGCUGGAAUGUUGGGCAUUUUGGUAAAAACGGGCAAAUAUCGGCUUGGAGAUGAAGGCAAAACAAACCCUGCUCCGUACCUGACGUGUGAUGCUUUCCCACAAGCUGUUGACCACAUACUAUACAAUAUGCUGUAAUAAUCCAUUAAAUAAAAAGAUCAAAAGACAAAAGAGUUGGCUGUAUCUGUU